AUAUACGAGUCGAAAAAUUUCUGUAUAUUUUCGCAAUUCGGCAUUUCGGCAUCGGUUAUCCGGCAUGUGUUUUUGAAGUGUUGUACUCGAUUAUUUAUGAUUUAUGAUUUUCUUUUAACAUUUUCCUAGUUUGGAAAUCGAACCGUCGACAUGGCCGAGUACUUGGCAUCUAUAUUUGGUACCGAGAAGGAUAAGGUCAACUGUUCAUUUUAUUUUAAAAUCGGCGCCUGCCGUCAUGGUGAUCGCUGUUCAAGAAUACAUAAUAAGCCUACUUUCAGUCAGACUGUACUAUUGCAAAAUCUUUACGUAAAUCCACAAAAUUCUGCGAAGUCUGCUGAUGGAUCACACUUGGUUUCAAAUGUAACUGAUGAAGAAAUGCAAGAACAUUAUGAUAAUUUUUUUGAAGAUGUUUUCGUAGAAUGUGAAGAUAAGUAUGGUGAAAUUGAAGAAAUGAAUGUUUGUGACAAUUUAGGAGAUCAUCUUGUUGGCAAUGUUUAUAUCAAGUUUCGUCGAGAAGAGCAUGCAGAAGCAGCUGUUAACGAUUUGAAUAAUCGAUGGUUUGGUGGACGUCCAGUUUAUGCUGAAUUGAGCCCUGUGACAGAUUUCCGAGAGGCCUGUUGUCGUCAGUAUGAAAUGGGAGAGUGUACUCGUAGUGGAUUUUGCAAUUUCAUGCACUUGAAGCCAAUAUCACGAGAAUUACGUAAAUAUCUUUAUAGUCGUCGAUCACGCAGACAUCGUUCACGUAGUCGUUCACGUGAUCAUGUUGGAACACGUAGAACCAGAUCACCUUCUCCAAGACAUGGCCAUCGUGGUGGUGGCGGCGGCGGUGGUGGUGGCGGAGGUGGUGGCGGUGGUGGAGGAGGAGGAGGAGGAGGAGGACGAAGAGAUCGUAGAUAUUAAUUAUUAUUAUGUUUCUAUUCUAGCGAAUAACUUUUUUUCUCGAAGUUGAAUGGCUUACCAUUAAACAACUUGAUAUUUACAUGUAAUUUGUGUUUUAAUUUUAUAGAUAAGGUAAAGCUUAAAAAAAAUAAGAACUUAAUAACCAA